UAUGUAUGUAGCGUGAGUGCCUGGCACAAAACAAAUGCUCUGUUUGCUCUUGUUUCCCUUAGUUUAUAGUUCACAGAAUGCUUUCACAUGCAACAUUCCCCUCAAUCCUUACAGCAAGCUAUGAGGAGAGGAUGGUAUAAUUACACCCAUUGUAGAUAGCUAAGGAACUGAGGCUCAGGUUGGUGAAGUGACUUAGGCAGUGCCUCACAGCUGGUUGGUGUUUGGUGCUGUGAUGAGAACACACGCUCUCUGAAGGGAAGGGUGGCUCUUCCCCUGUGCUAAACUCCUGCUCUACCUUCCCCCAGGAUUGCAGGGAUCUGGGGAGCGUUCUACUUCUUUAUCAUACAGAGUUUAGAUAGGGAUGAGGGUGUUCCUACUUGGAGAGUAGAGCAGUGGUGUUCAAAGUCCGCCACAUGCCAAGAUCACGGAGAGGUUUGUUCGUUGAUGCGCCAUCCGUGUUCCCAUUCACACAUGUUAAUCCAAGCUGUCUGCAAAAAGGGGACCAUGCCUCUAAGAGUUAAAAAUGGCAAAGUAAGAUUUGGCAGUAGAUGGUGAUAAUCAACUGUCCUGGAGUUGGAAAGGUCACCUGAGUGCCGGCUCGUGGAGGCCCGAACAUCUUCUACGGCAUCCAUGGGCCCUUUCUCUUUCCUGUCUCAGGAACUCGAACAUGACCAGGAAGAUCUUCACAAAUAGCAGGGAGCGGUGGAGACAGCAGAAUGUCAACAGCGCCUUUGCCAAGCUGAGGAAGCUCAUUCCCACUCACCCUCCGGACAAAAAGCUGAGCAAAAAUGAAACGCUUCGCCUGGCAAUGAGGUAUAUCAACUUCUUGGUCAAGGUCUUGGGGGAGCAAACCCUGCAGCAAACGGGAGUGACCGCUCAGGGAAACAUUCUGGGACUCUUUCCCCAAGGAUCCCACCUGCCGGACAGGACUCUGCUCGGUGACUACCAGGUUCCUUCACUUGACCCAAGCCACCACAUUGCAUAGUGGGGCUCUGGCUGUCAUCACCCAGCGGGGCACUUGCUCAGAAGCCACUGGCUGAGUGACCGCCUUUUGCAUGUUCCAGAGUCAACUUGAUGAAUAAAUUUGGGAGGCAUGAAUUUAAGCCUCAUAGGAGGUAGCUUGGGGCCAGCUGCAGGGAGCCAAAAAGAGGCCAUGAGGAAUGUGGCUUUGGAGUCUGUCACCCCCAGGGCGGGGGCGG